CUCUGGCUGACAACUUCCGGUCACUUGUUGCUUGGCAACGCACAACAAAACGUUCGGAUCCUCGAAAGGAGUGCAUAAGAAGUGUGUGUCCCUCUCACCCCUUGUGUGGAUAUUUCCCACCUGUGCGCUGAGGGUUGCUUUGGCCGGGUUCGGAAUGUGCGCCGGCAGGACGAUGGAGGGUGCUGGCUGUGUGACCUGGUGGGGCUUCAGCCCAGCCUUGGACCUCCUCAGCUCAGGUCCGGCGAGGCAGGAGGGGGACGUGAACGUACUGCUGAUUGGCAGCGGAGACCCAAGACACAUCCUGAAAACGGUCGCUCAUCUAGGGGACACCGAUACCCUACAUAUUUGGGUGAUAGAAAACAGUUUGGAGGUGGUCGCACGCCAGCUGUUGCUCCUCUACUUGACUCUCGUGCCUCAGGAGAGCAUGGGGCCACAAGAGAAGACAGAGACGUUUCUGGAACUGUUUGGAAACAGCAAGAUCCGUAGCCAGACUGAGCAGACACUGAGAUGUGUGGCUUCACAGCUUUCGCUCUCGGUCACAGAUACCCUCACUGGUCCCACCAACCCCUGUCUGGACACCACGCACCUCAGGUUUAAGGACCGCGAUGAGCUGGACAGGAUUUUCAAGCAGUGGGUGCAUCCACCUCCCCCACCCCUGUCCAUGUCAAAGGUGUGGGACAAUCGAGUCAGACAGCACCUGGGCACAAGGUACGACUCCAGGCUGGGCUGCUUUGACUGGGAUCUCAACAUGCAGCUGCAUCAGAAGGGAUGCGGGGUCAUCGCCAAGCAUCAGUACGUCGCGUGGCGGGAGCGAGGUGUGGCUUUCGAGAUGCGGGAGGCUCUUUACGAAGCCACCAAUCACAGCCUGCUGUCCCUACGUGUUUUUAAUCACAGGGGAGGCAGAGUAGUGGUUCAAGGAUACUGGGGAGACAUUGUGUCCAGCCCUUAUUUGGCUUUCGGCAUUGAAACAGAGAAUGAGGCUCUGCUCAAGACACAGAAUGGGCAGCACAUGAAGACAGCCCAGGAUAUCUCGUACCACAAUGUCCAGGAGCUACUCAAGGCUGUAUCCAGCAGGGGGUGUGUUCCAGCAUGUGCUCAGCAGGGUGGCACAGCGGAGGACGUCCCACCGGAUGGAGGAGGAGUGGAGCGCACAGGCAGUCCGACAGUCCGGCCACGACCGUCCAGGGAGAAUCGAGAAGUGCCUAACAGUGCGGGAGCUCACAGUACUGAAACUGGGGGUUUGCUCUACAUUCCUCCAAUAUCCUUCUACAGGUGGUCUAUUCGUGGUGCCCAAGCAUUUGAACAUGGAAAGAACAGUACCAGUUUAUUUACCAUUACCGCACUGUGCAUUGUUUUUAUACUCUGCUGUUUUGUAGCGCUUCUGUCACUGAAUGGAGUAAGUGUGACUUUCCUACCUGUGGAAUCACUGUCCAGGCUUCCAGAAAAACCAAAGUAUUCCUAUCUAUUUAACACCAUAUACUGCUCAGCCAGCAUGGUGCACCAGUUGGGCCCGUCGCUGAAACAAAUUGCUGCACCUAAUGCCGUUCUUGUUGUGGAACUGGCUGAGUACCUGUUGGAUCUAUCUAAAGAACAAGUGAUGGGUUUCUCCAAGAAAGUGGAUGACAUUGCUCAAGAGGCAGGAUUCACGCCUUAUGAGGGGAAGAAGAGGAAUGCCUUCUCCACAUUUAUGCUGCAAGAGAAAGAGGAGAAUUGUAGUUCUACGCUAUUCUCAUAGCGCUGCAUCACAUGCUCAGCACUGAAACACCAGUAUCCACCAUAUGAAUGUAGUACUACUUCAAAUAUUUGUAGUGUUUUUCUAUAAAUGUUAUGAAUUACAUGUCAUAGUGUAAACAAAAUGAAGAACAUUCUUUAGUCCAGGGCAGUGGCUGGGUGGAGGGAAUUUGCAGAUGAAGGGACAGCAGGACUGACCUUGGCAUUAAGGCAGUCAGGAGUGAUUGGAAGAACAGCCGGGGCACCGGGGACAGGGUUCCAGGAAGUAGGGUCAUCGGGGCACUCAAGGGCACCCUGAUGAGCAAGGUUGGGACUUUGAGGGACCAGGUCUCAGAUACCAGUGAGGUCAAGCAGAACAAGGUAGUUUUUGCUGAAGGAACAGCAGAGUGAAGGAACACAAGGAGUGACUUAAAAACUGCCAAGAAAGAGCCACCUUGAUUCUGCCACUGCCAUUUAGCAGAAUAGAGUUUGGCAGAUCUGCUUUUUUGUGCUACUUCCACCGGGUUCUUUGUGUGUUGAACUUGGUUACAAGUGGUUUCAGAAUGGCAGCCCUGCCAUUAACUUUCAGCUUUGUACACCUCACAGUCAGAGUUUUUAUUGAGCCUGUGUCGCAGAGGGGCUAAUUCUGCGGUAAUUUUUGAGGCUGUAUUUUUGGGGCUUUUGGCAACUAUUCUGCAACGUAUUCCUCUAUCCCUGUCUGAGAACUUCAACUUUACCAGUGCAGUUUGUCUAUGUUUGCCAUAUGCUGCUGCUAUUUUUGGA